GUCAAUACAUCAAAUAAGGAAUUACUCAGCGAGGUUGAGAGACUUCAGAGAAUGCAACGCGGGAAAAGUCUAAACGAAAGUUUUGAUUCAGAGGCCUUUAACGAGACAGAUGCUCUACAACAAAGGGUAUUAAUUUAUCUUAUUUGUAUUUAGUGCCGUGCCUAAUGAACUGUGUAAAUAAUUGAAUGCCUUUUUAAUUAUUUAACUAGUAAGGAUCAUCAUCUCUUAUUGAUCCAGUUUUACUACAGGAGGAAACCUAAACUAACUUUAUUUAUACUGGAUAGCUCUAUCAGUUCUAAAGUGUUCUUCCUAGAGGUCCAGUAAGGGUCAUCUCUUAUUGAUCCAGUCUUACUACAGGAGGAAACCUAAACGAAACUAAUUUUAUUUAUACUGGAUAGCUUUAUCAGUUUUAAACUGCUCUUCCUAGAGGUCCAGUAGGGAUCAUCUAUUAUUGAUUCAUUGUUACUACAGGAAGAAACCUAAACUAAACUAACUUCAUUUAUACUGUGUGGAUAGUCCCAUUAGUUCUACCGAAGGAAACCAGCGCGGUGUUUGGGAGAGUCAAGGUGAACUCUUUAUUGUAGGAAUUGAACCCCAUGUCACAGGUGAAAGGCGCGUGCACUAACCACCAAUCAUUACUUGUUGUAAAAUAAUCUUUACCUUUUACAAAACGUAUUGUAAUUUUUUUCUAGUUGCUGAUUCUGGAAGAGGAACGAAGUGUGUUGGACAUGAGUGUCCGCCAGUUGAUGUCGGAGAAAGAUGAAGUCGGAAAAGAAGUGAAUCUCUUGACACAGAAAGUUAUAACUUUGACCGAAGAACUUGCUGACAGUAAAAGCGAA